GGUCCGUAUGAUGUUGUACUUCUGCCUGGAGGUUUGCUUGGAGCUCAAAACCUUUCUGAGUCUCCCGCUGUGAAAGAGGUGUUGAAAGACCAGGAGGGCAGGAAGGGUCUGAUCGCUGCAAUCUGUGCAGGCCCGACGGCACUCUUGGCACACCGUAUCGCAUAUGGCAGCACAGUUACCACCCAUCCAGGUGCCAAGGACAAGAUGAUGGCUGGUGGUAAUGUCUCUACACAUACCUAGUCUUUUUCACACAAGCCUUUAAUGUCAGUGAUGGAAACUUGCAUACUUGACAGGCAUGUCAUGGAAAACACCACACAAUAAACAUCCAACAGAGGGUGCUGUAGGUAAUAGCACAAUAGCUAAGUUUACAUGAAAUCAGUCUGACUGAUGAAUCCGAACAUAGUGUUUACAUGAAU